GGGGCGCUGCGGCUGUCAAGCGCCCUGAGCCGGGGAGGCGUCCGUGGGUCCGCGGCGCCCGGGGCAGCCCGCCGCCGCCUGCGCGCAGCCUGGGCCGGCAUGGGCUGGGGGCUGGGCCGGCACGAUGAGCUCCCUGGGCAGCCCGGUGCGGGCCUACGACUUCCUGCUUAAGUUCCUGCUGGUGGGCGACAGCGACGUGGGCAAGGGAGAGAUCCUGGCCAGCUUGCAGGACGGAGCGGCCGAGUCUCCUUACGGCCACCCGGCGGGAAUUGACCACAAGACGACCACCAUUCUGCUAGAUGGCCGAAGGGUGAAGCUGCAGCUUUGGGACACCUCAGGGCAGGGGAGAUUUUGUACCAUAUUCCGCUCGUACUCCAGAGGUGCACAGGGUGUGAUCCUGGUCUAUGAUAUUGCCAACCGAUGGUCCUUUGAUGGCAUCAAUCGAUGGAUUAAGGAGAUUGAUGAGCAUGCCCCUGGGGUUCCUAAAAUAUUGGUGGGAAACCGACUGCACCUGGCCUUCAAGCGGCAGGUGCCCACGGAGCAGGCCCAGGCCUACGCUGAGCGCCUGGGUGUGACCUUCUUUGAGGUUAGCCCUCUGUGCAACUUCAACAUUACAGAAUCCUUCACGGAGCUGGCUAGGAUCGUGCUGCUGCGGCAUGGGAUGGACCGUCUCUGGAGGCCGAGCAAAGUACUGAGUUUGCAAGACCUCUGCUGCCGAGCUGUGGUGUCCUGCACGCCCGUGCACCUGGUAGACAAGCUCCCUCUCCCUGCUGCCGUGAGGAGCCACCUGAAGUCAUUCUCUAUGGCCAAUGGCCUGAAUGCCAGGAUGAUGCAUGGCCGCUCCUACUCCCUCACAACCAGCUCCAGCCACAAGAGGAGCAGCUUCCGAAAAGCCAGGACCAGCCACCCAUCCCAGAGCCCACCCAGAAACUGUGCCAGGAACAGCUGCAAAAUUUCUUAGAGUCCUGUCACCCCAGCUCCUCAGGAGGCUGAGCAACUAGUGAGGCCCUGCCUGAAAGUUAAAAAGCAGGAAGAGGGCUGGCUCCCUGGGGGAGUCUGGAGGACAGAGACCUUUCCAGACCUGAAAGCAUCUCCACCUCGUACGGUUAUGCUUCUGCUUCAUUUGGAAUGGCCAUGCCAUGGAUGUGGUACCCACGCCCAGUGUGUUGUGACUGACACUUUUGUGUGGAUGUGCAUGAAGCUCUUGUUCUAGACGUGAAUGUGCAAAGGGAAAAUUAGUAUUCUGCUCUACUCUUGAUACUAUGAAAUUCUGAGUGUUACUUUUAUGAUGAUUGUUGUGCAACUUUUUCCGUAGCUGCUUUCACAUGGCUGAUAAAUGUGUGUAGUGAGUACAUAUCCAAGGGACUGUCAGAAGCUAUGCUAAUCAGAUAGCCUGGCCUCACGGAUGUCACAGAGUGGCCUUUUGCAAACCUUUUCGUGUCAAAGCCCCGACUUCUAAGAACUGCCGCAGCUGCAGGGAGAGACAACGUACACCAGGCCUAUCCUGUUUGGUAGAACAUGGGUUUGAUAAAGUUUUUGCUAUGUCAUUUACUACAUUUUGAGAUUAAUAGGUAAUCUAUAUUCAUAUUUUUCUGUAAACCUACAUUUUUUGUACAAAGUAUCCUACAAGUUACGAAGUUAUGGGAAGAAAAUGCCAAAGAUAUCUCCAAUUUGAACAUAAUUGUUCAGCAUUGUUUCAACAGAUUAGCAAGGAGAAAGGUAUAUCAGCGAAAGAUGGAGUAAAAACAGUGUUACUUAAGGAAUUAUUUCUCAAUAAAGCGGAUACUUGCUCCUC